UAGCUUUGGAGCCUAUCCUGGCACUGGCUCUGUUGACCAUGCUGGCCUCGAACUCAGAGAUCCACCUGCCUCUGCCUCCCUAGUGCUGAGAUUAAAAGUGUGUGCCGCCAACGCCCCACCUUAAGCUGAAUUUUCAAAAAGAAAUAUAAAUUACAAAUGCUGCCAGGAAAUGAAAAUACCUGGAUAUUUAGUUGACUGUGGAAAUAUGCUGCCAGGAAAUGAAAAUACCUGGAUAUUUAGUUGACUGUGGAAAUAUCUACCUUUUGCAUAAACAAAAAAAUCAAAAGAGAAAAUUUGAGCCCUUCAGUGCGUUUGUUUGGUCUUAACUGUUCUUGGUUUCUUUGUAUGGGCUCCUUAAGUCUCUGAAAGGCAAAGAAGGUGGGGAGGAGUGGUGGGGAAACAGAAAAAACCUUAAUCCUAAUGAAACUCUUGAGAAUGAAAUGACCCUUGGUUCUAUUUUCUUAACAGACAUGGCACAGGAACAAGGACAUGUACCGCUGCCCAGAGCUGAUGCCAUUCGUUCCCGGCUCGUGGACACUUUCUCCCUCAUAGAACAUUUGCAAGGCUUGAGCCAAGCUGUACCAAGGCAUACUCUCCGGGAGAUACUUGAUCCCUCUCGUCAGAAGAAACUCAUGUCAGGAGACCAGAACCAGCUAGUGCGCUUCUCCAUAAAGCCCCGGCAUAUGGGGCACAUCACGCAUUCCCAGCGAAUGCUGAGCAGGCUUCAAGUGCGGUGCAGUCGGAGACCACCUCUUUCCCUGUGGGCUGGAUGGGUUCUUGAAAAUCCUAUCUUCUCAAAAUUCAUCAUCUUCCUCAUCUUUCUGAAUACAAUUGUACUGAUGGUUGAAAUAGAAUUGAUGGAAUCCACAAAUACUAAGCUGUGGCCAUUGAAGCUGACUUUGGAGGUGGCAGAUUGGUUUAUCUUGCUUAGUUUCAUUUUAGAAAUCAUUCUAAUGUGGAUGUUCAGCUUUUCUCUCUUCUGGAAUAAUGCCUGGAAUGUCUUUGACUUUGUUGUUACCAUGUCGUCUCUGCUUCCUGAGUUUGUGGUGUUGAUGGGUGUCUCGGGGAACUCUGUGUGGCUUCAGCUGCUGAGGAUCUCCCGGGUGCUGAGAUCUCUCAAACUGUUUGCACGAUUUCGUCAAAUUAAAGUUAUUAUAUUGGCUCUUGCCAGGGCCCUGAAGAGCAUGACGUUCCUCUUGAUGUUGCUGCUUAUCUUCUUCUACAUUUUUGCUGUAACUGGUGUCUACUUCUUUGAAGACUAUUCCCGUUCAACUAUUGAGAACCUGGAGUACAACAUGUUCUUCUCGGACCUACUAAAUUCCCUGGUGACAGUGUUCAUCCUCUUCACCUUGGAUCAUUGGUAUGCAUUACUUCAGGAUGUCUGGAAGGUGCCAGAAGCUAGUCGAGUAUUUAGCAGCAUCUAUGUGAUCCUUUGGUUGUUGCUUGGCUCCAUUAUCUUUCGAAAUAUCAUAGUAGCCAUGAUGGUUACUAACUUUCAGAAUAUCAGAAAUGAGCUGAGUGAGGAGAUGACCCACCUGGAGGUUCAGUAUAAAGCUGACAUAUUCAAGCGACAGAUUAUCCAGAGGAGACAAAACCUAUCCCCUGAAGCAGUAAGAGCAACAAGUCACAGAAAGGCCUCCAAAGAUGUAUUAAAACCUAAAGAGCCUGAACUCAGUGAUUCGGAGAAAAGUGAUGCAGAGACAAGUGAUGCGGAGACAAAUGAUGCGGAGACAAGUGAUACGGAGAAAAGUGAUGUGGAGACAGGUGAUGCGGAGAAAAGUGAUACCCAGAGAAGUGAUUCCGAGGAAAGUGACACCGAGGAAGGGGAAGCCAAGGGAAGUGAUGCCGAGCAGGAUGAAGAUGGAGAAGGACAAAAAAAAUCAUCAAAAUCAAAAGUCUACUCAUCUUCAUCUUCCACCGCUUCUUCAUCCUCUUACAGUACCUUUUUAGUUGAUUUUGAUUAUGAUGGUAAGAUGGACUGGGAGACUCUUGUGCAUGAGAACCUGCCUGGGUUAAUGCAUAUGGAUCAGGAUGACCGUGUUGUUUGGCCCAGAGAUUCACUUUUCCGAUAUUUUGAGUUACUGGAAAAGCUUCAAUAUAAUUUAGAGGAGCGCAAGAAUUUGCAAGAAUUUGCAGUCCAGGCCCUGAUGAGUUUUGAAGACAAGUAAAGGUACAAUGGAUGGCCAUGUCUUUCAACCCAGCAAAAGCUAAUGAAGGAAAUACUUGGAAAUAGAGAAUUUAAAAUAUAAAUAUCUAAUAAAUACUGCUAAUGAAUAUUUCUGGUAAGUAAGUUAAUUAGAUAUUUUUAUGAGAUGUAAAUAAUACAAAUAGGCAAAAAGUUACUUCAGAGGCUGUUGGAACCUGUAUGUCUUCCUGGCUUACCAGCCUGUCCCCAGUCUCUAAAGUGACUCUUUGUGACUGCACCAUUCUGCCUCCUAUUCUUUUUGUACCUUCUACUUCCUAGUAGGAGCCUAGUCUUACUUUAUUUUGGCUACAGUCUGUGUAGGCUUCUAUGUGGAAUAAUUAAAUCCUCAGAGACAUUAGUGUAACUACUUGAGAAGUAAUGUUUCUGAAGGGACCAGACUCUCACUCAGCCCCUGCUUUAGUAGCCAUAACAGGCUACAGAAAAGACAUAAAGGCCUCUGAUACAAGGAAACUCCGGAUCCCCUGGCCUCCCAGAGCCUAGGGCCAAAACUGAACACAAAGAAACUCCAGACCCCCGACCUCCCUAAGCCUCCAAGAUACUUGGGACCUGUUUGGCUGCAAAAGAAACUCCAGGGGAGACCAAAACCUUCCCUGUAGUCUCCAGGAUACAGUUCUGAAAACUAUUGGUAUCUAUGUACAACAGGCUACUGCAAGUAACAAGACAAAGCCAUAGAAACCACAGAAUGUUCCCUGUCAGCACUGACCAAUGAAAAGAAUUGGUACACAGGUAUUUUAUGCCAAAAUAUGACUUUGAGAAAUUCUCCUAUUUGUUCCCAAAUGUCAACCAACCCGUACAUACUGAUGUAGUCCUGUAACUUUUGUCUUUAAAACCUAGCAGUAGACAGGGAACUUCAUCCCCUCUGGAGCCUGCUGCUUUGGCUAGCCAGAUGGGGUCCCUGUCAUGGUUGGAUGAACAAUUAAAACCUUGCUUUUACAGUUCA